CUCUUUUCAUUUGAUUCUCUUCAAGUGAAUGAUUAACAUCUCGGUAGUUUUAAUUUGACUUUUUUGUUUCUCUUUUUACUUUUGUUGUUUUAUUCUUAUUCUCUUCUGUGUGUGUCUGUCAGUGUCUGUGUUUUAUUGCUACAUCAAUACAAUAACAACAACAAAACUAACCUCCAAAUGCUUCAGGAUUCAAAAGGUCGAUCCCUUGUUGGUAAAUCAUCAACCUUGACAACCACAGGAACACCGCCAACCACCAACACCCUUUCACCCUCAGUAUUACAACCUAAAGGUUGGAGGACUAAUCAGUGUAAAACACCAAAUCCAAGUCGAACAUUGGAAAUUUUCUCAUCCCUUCAAAAUGGUUUAACAGGAUUUAUCAAUUUAACCCAAGGAGAUAUUGAUUUACACCGAUUACUUCGUAAUUCAAUUGAAAAUGGUCUAUAUCUUAAUUCGGCCCAGGGAAAGCUUUACGAGCUCACAAAGCAAUGUAAAAAUGGCGAACGAUAUUUGAAACGUUUAGAAUUUGAAUUGGCUAAACUGGAAGAGCUUAAAGACCAAUAUGAUGUCCAUCUUAAAAUGCGAGAAGGUGUUCGUACAAUGGCUUAUGCUUAUACGAUGUCAUCGGGACCUGAACGUGAUUCUGCCUUAUCCUCGGUACGCUCAGGUUACAAAGAAUGUACCGAGACCCUUUGCUUUCUUGAAUCAAGACUGGAAUCCAUGAUGGGAACAUUUCACCUUCAAAUGAAAGGUAUCCAAGGAUUUGCUCGCCUGUGUCCGGGCGAUGUUUUCGAGAUAACAAUUAAACACAGUGAAUCGCAAAAGUGGAAAACUCGAGGUAAAAUACUUAAAUCAGGUGAACAAUCAUGGGAUCACCAGUCGACCAUAAUUAAAGCAUUGAUUGAAGAUAAAUUAACAAUAAAAGCGGUAGAAGUUCGUGGUCUGGGUAAAAAUAUUACCCUAGGGGUGAAAACAUGUGAAACAAAAGACCUUUUCUCGGCAAGGCCACAAUUAAUGACCAUUAAUUUAAAUUCUGUGGGAACUUUAAAGUUAAACUUAAUUAUCACCUGGAAUCCACUUCAUACAUCAACAACUGAUUCCAUUGGUCCCAAUGGGUCAACACUAAGUCGAACCUCAUCCAACUCUCUCCUUGGAUCUCGGUCAAGUCUUACACUUCCCUCUCUCUUUUCACCUUCCUUCUAUUCCAAGUCAACACUUAACGCAACUUUACCUCCCCCUCGAAUAACCGAAAUAAUUGAUGCCGAUUAUUAUAUCCAUCGAACCCUCUCCUCAUCUAAUCCACCUUCAUCAUCAUCAACAACCUCUUCAACCUCAUCAUCUGGAAGCGGUGGUGGUAUACCUGGUAUACAUCACAGUAUCAAUGAAGCUGGUGAUAUAAGCAUCUCAGAAAUUGACCAUCACCAUUGUGGUGGACCUUCCCAUUCUCAAGGAACCACACCUACCUCAACAUCAUCCGGAUCUCGUGGGUCAUCACUUCAUCUAACAGUUACAUCGGGUUUUGGCUCUGCUUCCGGUUCAGCUUCAUCUUACUGUGGAUCAACUUCAGUUCCCAAUUCAACUUUAACAAGUCCGGAAACAGAGAUACCACCAAGCUCAAUGCAAACAUCAACUAAUGGCCAUGAAAAUUAUAUUAACAACAAAGAUGAUAAUUACAAUCAUCAACAACAUCUCAACAACAACAACAAUAAUAAUAACAACAAUUAUACCAAUAAUAACAAUCAUAAUACCAAUGGUCUGACCAACGAUUCCUUACAUUGUUCAAAACAACAACAACAACAAUCAAUGAUGAAAUGUUCAAAAUCAAUCAACAAUCUAUGUCUCAAGCAAACAACGGAAAGACUUCUCAAAGAAAUGGGAAAAUCUCCUCAGGAAAUAAUUGUCGAAGCGACAGUUCAUCAGAGUUGUUCUAGUCUUGCGACCUCUGCAACAACACCGACAACAACAACAACAAACAGUAGUUCAAAUACCAGUUUGUAUUCCAAUAAUAAUAUUAACAAUAGUGUCAAUAAUAUCAGCUCUCAUCAUCGCAAUAACAAUAGUUACCAUGAUGAUGAUUGUCGAGUAGGUAGAAAGUUAACUUCCUAUUCAUCAACCUCAUUAUCGUCACCAUCACUUCGUCAUCAACCCAAUCAUCAAAGUCUUCAUCAACGUCACCUUGUAUCUUCUCAUUCACUGGCCAAUGUUUACUUUAAUAUAAGUGAUAUACUUUUAAAUUUAAUGUCCUCUCUUGAAGAUAUUCAGGGUCAGUAUUCAGAGAUUCAUUAUCUUCACCAAUCGGUACUUGAAUUGUACAGAAUUUUGAGAAAUAUUUGCCGAUUAAGAGGAUCAAUUUUUUGCAAUAACAAUAAUAAUUUCAAUCAAGAAUCAUCUUUACCUGUUGAAGAUGAUAACUGCUGUUUAAUGAGCUCAACUGAUUGGAAACACGAGCAAAGUAAUAACAUGAUAAAUAACAGAAGCAAUAAUAACAAUAAUCCAAAUAGUAAAUCUGAAAGGUACAAAAGGUUAGCUUCAAGUACGUCUGAUGUUUCGCUGUCCGUUGAAGAUGCAUUAGAAUGUUUCGAUUUCCUUAAUAAUGCAGUGAUCGAUAGCGACGCUGAAUCAUCGCCAGCAGCUUCUGCUUCAGCUACACCGAAAACUCGUAAAUAUGAUUCCAGGAACGGAAUUGCUGCCAAUAAAUGGAAACAAAAAGGAUCAUCCUCUUCCAGUCAUCAUCAUCAUCUUAAUCAAGUUAAUUCGUCGUCUUCACCUUCCCUUGUGCGAUCUAAAGCAACAUCUAUGGCCGCAGGUCUCAAUGUUGUUGGAAACGUUCACCAGUCAUCAUCACCUUUAACAACAGCCUCACCAAUUUCAACACCUCGAUCAUCAGGGCAUCAAAAAGGUCGUCGUCUAGGUCACCAUCAUUCAACCUCAAUGACAGCUCUUUCACCUUCAUCGGGAACCACUGAUUCAACGCCAAGUUCAAUUGAUUCACCUCAACCUCUUUCAACGGGCUCAGAGCAACUUGACAUUUGUUUAAUGGCUCAUCUUAAUUAUUGUCAACGUUUAUUACAAAAUUUAGGAUCAUUUGGUCCACUUCGAAUGAGAGAGAAACGAUCUCUUGAUAAACUUUCGUGCCAAGGAACAGUUAUCCACCGACUUGCCUCUUUAUGUUCCAAUCUUUGUGAUUAUUUUGUCGCCUCUUCAAGAUAUCUUGUCCAAUUAUCAUUCACACCUGAAGAUGAUUUACAACAGAAUCAACAGAUUCAGCAACAAUUGAAAUGGUUGGAAGCCCAAUAUCAAAAUAAACAGGAAACUGAACUUUCCAUUUUAAGGGAAGAUUCAAGGAUCCGUAAACUGUGGGACACCGUUUGUUAUCAGAAUGCAUCUGUUGACAGUGAAGAGAUCGGUUCAAUGUUACUCUGUGUGACCAGCGGUCAAUUUGCUCAAACCCUAGAAUCUUAUAUGAGAGCUUUUCUUACACCAUCAACCGGCGGGUCAUCUACCAAUGGAGGUUCACGUCAUGGUAAACGAUCCUCACCAGGAGGUGGUAAUAAUAAUGGUUUAGGUGGAGUAGGUGUUUCACCUUCACUCUCAACUUCCUCAUUAUCAUUAUCAUCUUCAUCCUCUUCCAAUUUGUCAAUGUAUAGAAAAGUUGCCCAACUAAUAACCAACCGAAUCAUUGAUAGUCCAAUGUUUGAAAAUGAUUAUGUUGUAACCAUAUUCCAAGUGGCACUCUACUUUCGCACGGAAAAUUGUUCUCUUGAAUAUUUAUUUAAAUCAUACGCUGAGGAAAUCGCUCUCCUUGAAUCUCUUUCAACCGAUAAUCCUGUAGCCCUUAAGCAAUCACUUAAUCGUUUCCGUAAAACUUUACCACCACAAGAACCGUUAUUCAACAUCGCCUUGUUAUUACUUGAUCGUGACCCACUGGUGGUUGGAAUUGCGGAAACAUAUUUCAAUGAGGUUGCAUCAAAUAAACAACUAAGAGUAGAGUUGUUGAAUCAUUUUCUUGAAGGUUUGGAGGUUGAUUCACGUUAUGUAAGACACGCAUCAUGUAAAGUAAUGAAAAUUCUGAAGGCCUCUGAGUUCAUGAAACAUUUGGCAUACAUAUCAUUGGCUGAUGAUUGUUCUGAGGUUCGGGACCAGGCCAAGGCUGCUCUCUUCUCGUUUGGUACCUUAGGUCGUAAAUUAUACACGGAAUCGCAGCUAUUUGCUCAUGGAUUUAUGUGAAAUAGAAAAACAUUCAAUUUAUUAGAAAGUCAACAUUUUAGUUAUUAAUCAAUUUCUUUUUGAAUUAUUAUAAUUAUUUUGAAUUCAGAAUAAAAUCAAUUUGAUUUUCUGAACUAA